AUAUAUCUCCAAUACAAAUGAUAAUGAAAAUCAUAUUAAAUGAGUAGAUAUUGUAAAUAAACAACACUUGAUACAGUUGAAAAAUAUAUAAAAUGGCCAGAAAUUAAAAUUUACUGUUCGUGAAGUUGCAACCGCAAGUUGGUGCCUAUAUAUGAUACGCUGAGCUGCAGCAAUAACAGCAACUACAACAUGAGCAACAAUACCGACGUUGUAACACAGCAGGAUUCGUAUGUUAAUAAUUUAUAUACAGUUUCCUGUUAAUUCCCAAUGCCAAUAAUUCGAAUUGAUAAUUCAAAUAGCAGGGCAUACGAGUAGAUGGGAAAGCUGAAAUAUUCACACACACUUACGCCUGAACGCACACGUGAACACCCGCCUGCUGGCACACAAACAAGAUGAACACUUAGACACACGUGCUAAAUGCAAGCGGUCAAGCGUAGAAAUUUGAUGUGAUUACGAGUCUGAAUUCGAAUACAACAAAUACAAAAUAUAGCAACAAAUAGCAACCGCAAAAUGUUGCUGCAACUAAUACCGGCUUACUUUGACAAAUAUAAAAUAUUCAAAGCCAUUUUAAGUCCAGCAUAAAAAAUUUUCGGAACAAAAUGACAGCAAAGCCGAACCCACAUAUAUGAGCACUGGACGAACAAACCAAUGUAAAUUAUCGUAAAAUUAAGACAAGCAGUACGUAGCUAGCAAGAGUAUGGACUAUACGAGCUUAGGCUGCUGUACGCUCGCUUUUGUGCUGUAUCUGAAUACCUUGAAUGCCGGAUUUGUGUAUGACGACAGGCGCGCUAUCAUAACCAACACGGAUGUUUCCGGCCACACGCCUUGGCAGAGUGUCUUUCAGCACGACUACUGGGGUACCCCACUUACAGACUCUGGCUCGCAUGGCUCCUACAGACCGCUGUGCGUGCUCAGUUUUCGUUUUAACUUCCUGCUUGGAGGGUACACGCCUUGGGGGUUCCAUCUUAUCAAUAACUUGAUGCAUUGCUUAGCUACUGGGUUGGUAGUUAAACUGGCGCGCUACUUUCUAACGUCCGUUUGGGGAGUACUGGCUACGGGGGCUCUCUUCGCAGCUCAUCCGAUUCACACGGAGGCUGUAGCGGGAAUUGUUGGUCGCGCUGAUCUAGCUGCCUGCAUUUUCUACCUGCUCUCAUACCUAAUGUAUAUGCGGCACAUAGUGUGGCGAGAACGCGGCGAAAUGCGUCAAUGGAUCGCGCUUAUUCUCACGGUGACACUAUCACUAGUGGCUCUACUUUUCAAGGAGACAGCAAUCACGGCGUUAUUAGUAUGUGCGGUAUUCGACGGAAUACGUGGUGUCUGCGGUUUUCAAGAUAAGCAUCGGGUGCGCACACUUUGCAUACUGGCCGCAUCACUAGCAUGUAUCAUCUAUUGGCGGCUCGUUGUACUACCUCGUCCGCAAACCGCCUUCUCAGCAGCUGACAAUCCAAUAGCCAAAAUGCCUUCAAUGUGGGCGCGCUUUCUAACAUUCAUCUACCUGCCUGUCUUCAAUUUCAGCCUACUACUGAGCCCUCAAGUGCUUAGUUUCGACUGGGGAAUGGACGCCAUACCGCGAGUUACCUCCCUCCGUGAUGAACGCAAUUUACUCAGCCUUGGUUUCUAUGGCACGCUUAUCAUUAUUGUUCUCAAAAACAUUAGAUAUCUAUGGAGACGCCGCGCGGAACGUCUAGCAAAAAAGCAACGGCAUGCGAAUCAGCAACAAUAUCACUUACGUAAGUCACGAUCCAAGAAAAAAUAUCGCGUGCCAAUACCCACAGAUGCGAUAGAAUCAAAUUCGACAUAUAAACUAUUAGAUGCAACAUCUUUGAGCUGUGCGCCUUACGCCACAGACAGCACGACGACGAUUUCACUGCUGCAGCCCGAACCACACCUUAGGUGUGCUUGCCAUGACUGCAAGCAGGAGCUGAGCUCCGCUCACCACACCGCUUCGUGCUGUGCCCUUAACAAUAACAAUAAUAACCUACCGUGGCUCAAUCCGAACGUCUUCAGUGACUGCUGUUGCCAUCAGUUAUUCCAGUCUUCCAGUGGAGCCCCCCACCUUCUAGCGCUAGCGUUGCGUAAAGCCCUCACGGCAGUAGUGCCGCGCUCCUCGCGCAGUAGUAGUUGCUGCAGCAGCAGUACGACGGCCAGCAACAACAGCUCCGGCAGCAAUACUUCCAGCAGCAGCACUUGCAGCAGUGCUUCCAAUAAAAAGACAGGAAACAACCACCGACUAGGACACGCAUCAGCGUCCCCGCUUCCGUGGACACGCCGUGCAGUUCAGCAUACUAAUAAUGCAUGCAUUUUGUUGAUGGCAUUAUCCUUUCUAACGCUGCCCUUUCUGCCUGCCACGAAUUUAUUCUUUUAUGUCGGUUUCGUGGUAGCCGAACGAGUGCUUUAUUUACCCAGCGUCGGUUAUUGCCUAUUGGCUGGCUAUGGCAUAGGCAAAUUGAUGGAACGUUUACGUUCUCCUGUGGCUCGCAAGAGAAAGGUGGCGCUUAUAUUCGGCUUAAGUCUAUUACUAAGCGGGCUGGGGGCGCGCACAGUGCAACGCAACUUUGAUUGGUACGAUGAAGAAAGUCUAUUUCGGAGCGCUGUGGAAGUAAAUCCACCUAAAGCUCUAGGUAACCUAGGAAGUGUACUUAGCUCACAAGGUCGUUAUGAAGAAGCGCAGGAAGUGCUGGUUGAGGCUAUUAAGUAUAGACCAAAUAUGGCGGAUGUUCACUUUAACUUAGGAAUUUUACAUCAAAAUCAACAAAACUAUAAGGCCGCAGUUGAGUGCUUUCGGAAGGCGAUACAAUUUCGGCCAAAUUUAGCAGUGGCUUUCUUAAAUUUGGGAGCAUCACUGAUUGCUCUGGGAAAAUGUCGAGAGGCGGCACAAAUUCUCAAGGAGGGCACUCAACUGAAUGGUGCCGGUGUACGUGAUCGAACCGCUCACGACAACGCUCGAAUAUCUGCGUACCUGCAACUCGGCGCUCUCUAUGCCGAGCAAGGCAAGUUACAACGCGCCCUAGCCGUGUACCGCGAAGCGCUGCAUGCGCUUCCAUCGACGUAUUACCAACGUGACGUUCUGUAUAAUCGUAUAGGCGACGUUUUUGGUCGCCUGCAGCAAUGGAACGAAGCGGAGCGGUAUCAUUAUGCCGCGCUACAGUUACAGCCGAAUCAGGUGGCAGCGCAUCUAUCAUACGGCAUCACACUGGCGCGAAAUACUAGCCGAGCAGCGGAGGCGGAGGUGUGGUUUAAGCGCGCUUUGCAGUUGGCGCCACAGCAGUCUAGUGCGCAUCACUAUUACGCGGAAUUCCUCACCUCGCAGUCACGCAGUGAAGAGGCGCUUCAUUACCGCGUACGUGCUGCCGAGCUUGCGCCCGACGACUAUGCGUUAGUGGUAGCGGCCGCUACGGCCUUACGCCUUUCUGAGCGCAAAUUGGAAGCAGAAAGCUGGUACCGCAAGGCAGUGGCGAUGAGACCUAACGACGCUCAUGCCCACACCAACUUGGGCGCGAUUCUGCACUUGUUGGGGCGCACAAGCCAUGCGGCCAGCAGUUACCAAGAAGCCUUAAGAUUGCAGCCGGGGGAUCCCACAACGCUAGGAAACCUUGCCAAACUGGGCGUCAUGGAACCCAAAUGAGUGCAUUAGCACGCAUCCUUCAGAUGACAAAAGAGUAAAGCGAUUUCAUUGGGAAUUUUUCGAUCAAUAGAAACCAAAUAUGAAAAAAAUUACUGCAGAAAAAAGUAAUUUUGAACAGUUUUGGAUAAAAGAGAAGAAUAUUUUUGUAAAAAUAAAUACUAAAUUAAUAUAAUAACGGAAAAGGACUUAAAAAUGCAACAGUGUAUCAAUAACCAGUACCAAACAAAACAGGAACUUAUUGAACAAAGUUUACAGCUGCAAAAAAGAGUGGAAGAAUACAAAAAUAAGAAAAUACAUAUUUACAUGCAUACUUAUGUAAUUUAGCCGCUUGUAAAUAAAAGCUAACAAAAAAUAUAUACCAUGUUAAACAAAUUAUUUAAAAUCUGAGAUAAUUUAAAACCAAUAUAAGAAAGUCUGUACAUAUGUUGGUUUUGUGUUAUUUGUUUCACUACAUUGUGUAAUCCCUCAAAUUGAGACCACAGUAAAUAAAAAUUGAAGAAAAUUAUAUCGAAAAUCAUAUUUAGUAUUCGUUAAAGGCAGCAGAUAUAAAAAAUAUCAAAUUGGCUUAAAAAUCAUUAAGUGUGAAAAUCUAAGAUUUCGAAGCAUAAAAUGUAUAAAUUGAACUGUAAAUAUGAUAAAUAUGGGAAAGGGUAAUCAUUACGAAAAGCAAGCGGAUUGGGAAAGGGAAAAUAAAAUGGUUAGCUUUGUGGCUUUGAAAGACGACUAACCGUGUAUUAGUUAUGUAAUUAUAGUAUACACUUAUACAUAUAUAAAAAUAAGGAAAGGAGUAAGCUGCUCCAGGUUAACGAAUUGUAAUUGUAAUAAAAACGCUGUGGGUGUGAGUGUAAAUGAUAAUAACUAUGAAAUGUAAUAAAUAUUCAAGCACAGGCGUCAUUUAUUAAGAUAAAUGAAGAAAAUUGAGAUACAUAAAUUAACAAUAAAUACAU